AUUACACCAAGUGGCUUAUCUCCAAACUCAUAAACCCCGAACCCUAUCUUUGUAUUCUUUGUUUCCUGCUUUCCUCUAUUGCUGCCUCCAAAUUGUAGAGAAUCCAAAAAAAGAUAAGAAAAGAAAAGAAAAAAUCAAUUCUAGUAUUCUAAGCUUAGCAGCAGCAGUGCUAGAGGGUUGGUUGGACUUCAAGGGCUAAAUGAGACCACCGGGUCCUGGUGGGCCUCAUCCUGGAGGACCUGGACCAGGACCUGGACCUGGACCUGGGCCUGGUUGGGGUCCACCUGGACCUCCCGGACCUCCAGUUCCGUGGCCUGGACCGCCAGACUUUCUUGGUGGCUUAUUUGGUGGAUUAUGCAACACCAUAUCCUCUUGUUUCUACUUCUUGUGCUGUUGUUGGUUAGUACAGGACUGCUUUGGUCCACCAGCUCCUCCUCCUCCUCCUGGUCCUCCACCACCACCCCCUGGACCUCCUCUUAUAUUUGCUCCACCUCCACCUCCUCCGCCACCACCACCUGGACCUCCUCUUGUUCUGUUUCCUCCACCUGGUCCUCCCGGCCCACCUGGCCCAUUUGGACCCCCUGGCCCAUUCGGACCCCCUGGUGGCCCACCUGACCCGUUUGGACCUCCACCUCCUUAAAUCUUGUAAUUUCACUUGUUGAUGAGUAUUUACAUGUAACCAAAUACAUAUGGUUACAGGACUAUAUGUUCUUCAUAACCCCAAAUUUUCACCUUUUUUGAGUGUGAUAGACGUUCACUUAUGAUGGCACAUAAUGCUCAAAGUGAUCAUCUAACAAAGAAAUGUAAUGUACGUUAUGGAUUGAUAAAACAAAAUUUUAUCCUUCAAAAA